GCCAUGGCGGAGCCGGUGAGGAAACGGGGCCGCCGGCCUCGGGGCGGCAGUGCCGGGCGAGGGGCUCGCGGGUCCCGGGGCGGUCGGGGUCGUCGUCCUCGCAUCCCGCGACCUUCAGCCCAGCGCACCCUGGACUCGGAGUUUGUGGACUUGGUCAGCGACAGCGAUGAGGACAUCCUGGAGGUCGCAACGGCGCGCGGCGCUGUGGACUCGGUCGAGGUUCCUCUCCCGGAGCGCUCAGGGCCGGCCGCCCGCCGGGACGACAGCGACAGCGACAGCGACAGCGAAGGGGCGGACGCACCACCCGCCGGAGCCCCGCGGGCACCGGUCAGGCGGCGGCGGCGGCUGCUGCUGGAUCCGGGGGAGGCACCGGCCGUUCCGGUGUACUCCGGCAAGGUGAAAAGCAGCCUUCAUCUCAUCCCAGAUCACCAGUCCCUCCUGAAACUCUGUCCCCCGGAGGCUGAGGAAGAGACGGAUAUGGCAGAUUCCAGCAGUCCCCAUGCUGAGGAUGCCCCGUGUCCAGAGUCUCCCUGGAAGAAGAAGCUCAGGAGUAAGGAUGCAGAAGAGAAGACAAAGGAAGUGUUUCUGGUUCAAGACACCUCUCCUUUGCCUUCACCUCUGCCAAGGACCAAAAGCAGAAAGCAUACACGGGCACUCCAGAAGUUAAGGGAGGUGAGCAAGCGCCUCCAAGAUCUCCGUUCCUGCCUGAGUCCCAAGCAGCGCCAGGGCCAGGAUCACCAGCACCAGGAGGACGAGGUGGUCCUGGUGGAGGGUCCCACCCUUCCGGAGAGCCCCCGACUCUUCCCGAUGAAAAUCCGGUGCCGGGCUGAUGUGGUCAGACUGCCCGUCAGAAUGUCGGAGCCCCUACAGCGUGUGGUGGACCACAUGGCCGCCCGUCUCGGGGUGCCCCCAAGCAGGAUCCUCUUGCUCUUUGGAGAGACAGAGCUGUCCCCUACUGCUACUCCCAGGACACUAAAGCUCGGAGUGGCUGACAUCAUUGACUGCGUGGUGCUAGCAAGUUCGCCCGAGACCUCAGAGGUGUCCCAGCUGCUCCAGCUGCGGGUGCAGGGAAAGGAGAAACACCAGACGCUGGAAGUCUCACUGUCUCCGGACUCUCCUCUCAAGAACCUCAUGUCCCGGUACGAGGAGGCCAUGGGACUCUCGGGCCACAAGCUCUCCUUCUUCUUUGAUGGGACAAAGCUUUCAGGCAAGGAGCUGCCUGCUGAUCUGGGUAUGGAAUCCGGAGACCUCAUCGAGGUCUGGGGCUGAAAACCCCCCUCCCUAUUUGGAGGCCCAACCUGGACUUGGGGAGAACAGCUGCCCCUUUUGGCCCUAUAUGGGUUUAUCCUUAAGCUGAUGCAAAAUUGAGCAGUGACCUUCCCCCUCCAUUGACCCUGGUUUCAAGCCUGUAGUUCCCUGGUUAGCUAAGUGGUGGUUGUUGCCACCCCGGGGGACUGUGACUCCAUUUGCGUGGUAUGCUGCAUUGGCAGCCCCCGGGACCCAGAGAAUGUGUUCCUCAUCCCCAGCCUUUCCUUCCUCAAAACGUCCGUUGUAUGAAACCGCUCCAUUUUAGAGCAGGUGGAGGGUGCGGGGGUGCGGAUUCCAGGCCUGGGAUUUCUGCCCUGCCUGAGACCCGCAGUGGCCCUCAGCGGGUUCGGAUGAAGCUGGCUCGAGGCACACGCGUGCUCCGUUGGGGGACUGAGCCGGCUCACACACACGGUCACACAAGCAGGGCGGAUGGCGGGUCACCCUUCUCUGCGACAGAGUGGAUUCUCAGCCUCGAUGUCUUCCUCGCCCCAGCACCCCUGAGAGCCAGCCUUCCUGAUGCACACGCGUUGUUAAAGGCACAAUAGAGCACAUCCGAGCUUUUCUGUCUGGCUCUCGGGGUGCUCGUCCACGAAAGGCUUCUCCGGGCUCCGGGCGCUCUCUUCCCGGUCUUCCUGUCACGCCGAGCGCCCCUUUCACCUUGAACAUGAAUGUAUCCUUGUCAGAUGUGCUGUCACGUGGGGGGAUAUACUUCUGCGGCACGUGGUCUUACUCUGCUGCAGACCUUGGGCUGUUUCUUCUCUCAUUCAACACAUGUCGCCCCUCCGUGCGCGUCGGUGCGGGGACCGCUCCGCAGAGUCCCACACGGUCUCCAAGGGGCAGACAGCUGCGUGCCUCCAGCUCCCGGGCUCGUAAACAAAGCCACGAUGUCAUCUUCCGUGCGUCCCUUCCACGCUUGCAUGGAACGUUCUCCGGCAUGGCCACCGGGCAUGGGAGGACAAGUCAGACUGGUGAAUUUCCUGUGGUUCUACCAAAGUUUUCUUCCGAUUGGUCAUUGAGCCUCCCCUGGGGGGUCCUCGUCAGUACUUGUUGCCGCCCUGCUUUCUCAUUUUUGCGUCUGGUGGGUGGAAGGUAGUGGCGUGUUUCAGUGCCCAUUCAUCUGAUCGCCAGUUAUUGGGGAGGAUUUCUUCCCCUUUGGGGAUCGCUUUCUGUGCCCUGCCCUGAUGGGUGCAGACAGCUCUCCGGACGGCACUGGUGCCUGGUUAUUUAGGGGGUGCCCUUCACCAAGCAGAAACACUCAAUUUUAAUGUAGGUGUGUGAACUGUUUGGUGCUCUCAUUUGUUGCUUUUUGUUUUCUUAUUUAAAAGUAGUUUAGAUGGUUUAUGUUUCCUGCCGUUGGCUUGUCAGCUUGUCCUUUAACCUUUAGGCCGCGAGCUAGGGCUGAAGUCCAGCCAGUAAAGCCCAGUGCGCACGUUGGCUGGCAUUGUCUCCUGCAUGAGGAGACAGGGGUUCGCCUUGGUUGAUUCCAGGCUGCACUCGUUGCUGAAUAUUGCGUGGUACUUUUAAACCGUUUGGUUUCACCUUCACACGUGAGAUCCAAGUUUUGUUUUCACCCCAAAACGAGCCAGUCUUCUCAAGUGCUGUCUACUAAUAAAGCCAUUAAUUGUCCACUGAUACGUGGUAUAAUUUUGGCAAAAGUAUGUCACUUUCUAAAACCUUUCGUUGGAAUACAACAUUCCUUUGACCUUAUAAUAUGAGAAAAACAGAAAGAAGCCUGUAUAACAUUUAAAUAAUCCACAAUAUGGUAUAAAUUUCGUUUUUUUUUCCCCAGGAGUUUUUAUAUCCAUUAAUGUUUGGACACAUUAAAAAUGUGUAUUCAGUCUUAGCCAAUAAACGGGAGUAUACUCAC